AUGUUUUUGGAGUUUUGGGCAAACGAAGACAUUGUGUCGAAGAAGAGUCGCCGCAAACGUGGGAUCAGCGAUGAGAUGACAGAACAGGCGUUGGAGUCCAUAGUCUUCGGCAAAGAUUCGGAUAUUUUGGAUAAAAUCAGCAAAAAAUGCAAAAACACUGAAUUGAGUGAAAAGAUUGGCUUUUUUGAAGACAGAGCUCCGGAGGAAGUGAAUCGAGUGGUGAUCGACAGCGACAGUGAAGAGUCGGACGAAUCAGACAAUGAUAUUUCAUACACGAAAAGUGAUUUCUUGAGCCGUCGGACGACUGAUGAGGAAGUGUUGAGUAAUGAGACGACGACUGAGAAGAAGAGCGUUUGGAUUGAUUCCGACGAUUACAUCCAAGUGUCGGACGCUAUGAAAGAGUGCAGAAAAUUACCCAAAAGAGUGACGAAUGACGACAAAUACAAAGACUAUUUGGAGAACAAAUUCAAUGAUUUGUAUAAAAAGCCGAAAUGGGCUCAAAUGGACGACAAGGAUGACAGUCAGGACUCGAGCGGCAGUGAUAGCGAUGAAGACGUGAAUCGGACGGCACAGGCCUUCAAAGCCAGGACUCGACGUAUCGAUAGAGGAGUUCUGGCCAUUAAAAAGUGCACUCAUUUGACAAAUGAUCACAAAAUGAAGUCAUCACUAAAUUGUGUUGAAUUUCAUCCGACCUCAACGGUAGGGAUGGUGUCUUCGCCUAACGGUUCCGUUCAUCUAUUUCAAGUCGAUGGCAAAAUCAACGCCAGAAUACAAAGCAUUCAAUUCAAAGACUUUAAGAUAGAAACCGCAAAAUUCAACAAAAGCGGUGAAGAGUUGAUUGUGGGCUCCAAACGAGAGUCCGGUUUCUAUUUCUAUUACGAUAUGAUUUCGGGAAAAAUAGUGAAAAUUCCUUUCGUUAGAGGGAAUCAAAAGUAUUCAUUAGAGAAGUUUGUUCUCUCCAAUGAUCACAAACUCAUUGCUUCCAAAGGAAACAACGGUUUCGUGAAUAUAUUGACCGCAAAAACCAAAGAACACAUCUUUGACCUGAAGAUGAACGGAGAGGUGAUGUCAUUGGCCUUCAGCGACGACUCGAACGUACUGUUGAGUCACGGAAAUGGAGGCAAAGUAUAUGUUUGGGACGUUAGGAACAGACAGUGUAUGAAUAGGUUUGUGGACGAGGGAUGUGUGUCGGGCACAGCCAUCGCACUGUCACACGACUCCAAGUUCUGUUGCACGGGAUCUGAUAUGGGAGUCGUCAAUGUCUACAACUAUAACGAUGUCUUAACACAAUCAGAACCGAAACCAUUAAAAACUAUUAUGAAUUUAACGACAGAAAUAUCACAAUUGAAAUUCAAUCACAGCUCAGAGUUGUUGUUAAUGUCAUCGAAAGAUAAGGAUAACAGCAUUAAAUGCGUUCAUAUGAAGACUUUGACUGUUUAUCCAAACUUUCCGUUUGCGGCCAAAAAUUAUGGUCGAAUUAAUGAUUCAGAUAUAUCUCUGAACAGCGGUUAUAUGACAUUAGCCACGAAUGGCGGAACCGCUCAUCUCUUUAGGUUAACAGAUUUCGGAGACUAUUAA